CCGACGACUAAACAAUUCAAAAGAAUAAUAGUUGAAUGAAAAAUGAAUCAUUCGUUUGUGAUCCUUGUUGCACAAUUAUGAUGCAAUUCGUUUAAAAUUGACAAAAGUUAUUUUUAAACUCAAUAUGGUUAAGAUAAAGAAACAAUAUUAAACUGCACUCGUGUGAAAAAUAUUAAAAUAAAAAAAAAAUAGAUUAUGGAUUUGUCUUUAAAUUCAUAAAAUAAUAUUUAAUUUCAAAAAAAUUGUAAAGUCGUCAAGAAAUGUAAAUAAAUAUAAACAAUGGAUGAUUUAAAAGUAACAGCAGGCAAAAAAAUGGAAAAUAUGUCCAGUCCCAUUGCACAGACAGUUGCUGCAAUGCCCACAAUUGAUUAUUCGAUCAUUCGGGCUAAGGAUGUUUUGGUGAGUCCAUCUGAGGAACAGUAUGAGCUUUUGCUGCAAAGGCUUAAAGAUAGAAUUGAGGAUGGCAGGGGAGAAACUAUUUAUGAUAUUGGGAUUGGAGAAGAUGGUAGUGACAGUGGUUUACAACCUGAAGAAUACUGUGCUUCUUUAGCUACUCUGCAAUCACUAUCGGAAACAAUUGAUGCAGAUUGUGUGGAAUUGAGGCAGCGCAAAGCUGAAUCAGGAACCACAGGACAAUACUUGAUUAGGAAACGGCUGGACCAGUCUGAUUUUAUGGAAAUAAGAGUUGCUGUUGUAGGAAAUGUGGAUGCUGGUAAAUCAACAUUAUUAGGUGUCUUAACACAUGGAGAACUAGACAAUGGCAGAGGCCAUGCUCGACAGAGACUUUUUAGACACAAGCAUGAAAUGGAAAGUGGACGUACCAGUUCUGUAGGGAAUGACAUACUUGGUUUUGAUAGCAUAGGUAAUGUUGUUAAUAAACCUGAUCAUGGAGCUUUGGACUGGGUAAAAAUUUGUGAAAAAUCAGCAAAGAUUAUUACAUUUAUUGACUUGGCCGGUCAUGAAAGAUACCUCAAAACUACUGUUUUUGGCAUGACAGGACAUGCACCUGAUUUUGGAAUGCUUAUGAUUGGUGCAAAUGCUGGUAUUGUCGGUAUGACAAAAGAGCACUUGGGGCUAGCUCUAGCUUUAUCUGUUCCAGUGUUUGUAGUCGUUACAAAAAUAGACAUGUGCCCCCCGAAUAUUCUUCAGGACAACUUAAAACUAUUAGUUAGAAUAUUAAAGUCACCAGGUUGCAGGAAGGUACCGGUUAUGGUAAAGGCACCAGAUGAUGUGGUUUUGAGUGCCACUAAUUUUGUCUCGGAGAGGCUGUGUCCGAUUUUCCAAGUAUCUAAUGUCAACGGAGAAAAUUUGGAUUUAUUAAAAAUGUUUCUGAAUUUACUGACAACAAGGAUGCCUUCGCAUGAUGAUGAGCCUGCUGAAUUUCAAAUUGAUGAUACAUACUCAGUACCUGGUGUUGGAACAGUUGUUUCCGGUACAACUCUGCAAGGUGUCAUUCGAUUAAACGAUGUAUUAUUAUUGGGUCCUGAUCCAAUUGGUCAUUUCCAACCAAUUGCAGUAAAAAGUAUUCAUCGUAAGAGGAUGGCUGUCAAGGAAGUUCGAGGAGGGCAAACAGCUAGUUUUGCAUUAAAAAAAAUUAAAAGAAACCAAAUUCGUAAAGGAAUGGUGAUGGUUUCACCUAAGUUACAACCACAGGCCUGUUGGGAGUUUGAAGGUGAAAUUUUGGUGCUUCAUCAUCCAACAACAAUCAGUUCUAGAUAUCAAGCAAUGGUUCAUUGUGGUAGCAUUCGACAAACUGCUUCAAUUUUAACAAUGUCCCAGGAUUGUUUACGAACCGGAGACAAAGCUUUGGUUCGAUUCAAAUUCAUCAAACAUCCUGAAUACAUUAAACCAGGGCAGAGGAUGGUUUUUCGUGAAGGCAGAACAAAAGCGGUGGGUAAUGUUUUGAAGUUAUUGCCAACGACCCAUAGUAUGUUACAGAACAGAGCAAAACCUAAUAAAAUGCAAGCAAGGACAUCUCAAAAGACUCAGCAGAAGGAGAAUCUUAAUGAAGCUUUGCCACAAGCGUCGGACGUAACAUCAACAGAUUCGACAUUCGACAUUCAAUCAGACAAGAGGGAUUUGUCAAAUCAUCACCAGAGGCAAACCAAAAAGUCCCGAACGAGAAGGGGCAACAGAGGCAGAGCGCCGGUCUCAGCAAAUACUACCAAUUCCCAAUCGACUAGUGCUAAUAAUAAUCCUGGGAAUGUUUUGGGACAAAAUACACAGAAUUUGAUACAUGAAAAUAAACAACAAACAGGGACUGCUGCAGCUUGUACAAACAGUACAGUGAAUGUUAAUAAUGUCACGAGGGGGACGAAAGUACAAUGAGAUAAUAGACAUAUAUAUAUAUUUUAUCUUAAUACAUUUAAUUUGCUGUUUUAAAUAGUUUUUCAUAAAAAUUUGAGUCGAUAUAGGAUAAUAUUUAAACAAAAGAGAUUUUUCAUAGAACAGGCUUUUCAACUAUUGUUUUUAACAACAAACUCAUUCAGGAUCUCAUUACUAAGCAAUUCUACCAAAAGAAAAAUAUUCAUAAAAGGUAAAACUCAAAAAAAAAAUAUUCAAAACAUUGUACGCAGUACUGCAUGAAUGAAAUUGAAUGAAAAAUA